AUGAAUGCUUCAACAUCACAAAAUCUUGAAGCUUUAGUGUCCAAUGAUCUUCCAGUGAAUGUAUACAUAUGGGACAUGGACGAGACUCUUAUCUUACUUAGAUAUCUGUUGAAUGGGACUUACGCUGAGUCUUUCAAUGGCUCUAGAGAUGUUAAAAGAGGUGUUGAGAUUGGUGAGAUGUGGGAGAAACACAUACUUAAGAUCUGUGAUGAUUGCUUCUUCUACGAGCAAAUUGAGGAUUGUAAUGAGCCGUUUAUUGAUUUAUUGAGGGAGUAUGAUGAUGGCAAGGAUCUUUCUAGGUAUGACUUCAAGCAAGACGAGUUCACUUCUCCUAAUGAUGAUUUGAACAAGAGGAAACUCGCCUAUAGGCAUAGAGCCGUUGUGCAGAGAUACGAAAAU